CCCAUCCGGACGAGUCUGCAUUGGGAACACCCCUGGGGACCUCAAGAACUGGAUACGGGAAAGAGAAUCCGGAAAAGGAUCCACAGAAAGCGAGUCUCUGGGCAGUGGCCCCAUCCUCUGCCCCUCCCUUGAAGAAGAGCCAAAGGCAGUGUGGACUAGAACCCUAGACUUCCAUUCAGGGGCUCAAUGAGCUCCUGCUGAGCUCUUGCCAUGUACUGGGCCUGGGCAAGGCGGUGACAAGGGCAGCGCAACGCCUGCCUCAGGGAGCUUAGAGAAGGCAAAGAAGGGCAGAUGUGGGGAGCAAAGAGGUCAUGGAUGGAGUGGCUUAGGCCAGACUUGUCAAGGGAAGAGGGAGUCAAGGAAAGCUGCCUGGGGGACAAAGGUGGCUCAUGGAGAACUGUGGGCUGGGGAGAGGGCGACCAGGUGAAGAGUCAAGAACGCCCCAAAUGGAGGGGGAGUGGGGGGUCGGACCUCAAGAUUCCAGGCAUGAUGUAGGGGAGGCUGGUGGCGCCCGAUGCCCUGGUCUUGCCCCCAUGCCCAGCGGUUGCGGAUACUGCGCCCGCUACGCCAGGUUUUGCGGGGACGACCCUGCAUACCCGGAGACUGCCUGCUGUACAAGCCCCACCGGGCUGGCGCUCCUAGAGGCGGAGGGUCGGCCUUUUCAACCCAACCAGGAGGUAAAAUUAAGCCUUCUCUCAGAAGCGUAUGACGACCACUAAGGGUCAUCUGACAUUGUGAUUGGUUGAUAAUCCCAGGACAAAAUUACUGCGCAAGCAUAAGACGGCUGCACAGAUGUUUGAUAUAAAAGCUUGGGCGGAGUGUGCUGUAGAAGGGGCUGCAAAGGACCCACAUGGCUUCCUUACAACAGGUAUGGUGGCCCUCACGCCACUGUUUCUGGCCAGCACUGCACCGUCCUGGGAAUUGGCCAAGAUGGUCGAGGCCAGGGAAAAGGAGCAAAAGAAGCAACAAAAAUGUUAAGAAAAUAUUGCAAAAGCUAAACGACUAAAAAAAGAUUGAAGGAAUGAACAGGCUCUGCAACUGGAUGAAAAUAGUUUGGAAAAUUAUGCAGCUUUGGAAGGCCCAUUAAGGUUCUUUUCCGGACCUUAUGACAGGAUUAUGCAGUGAACGAAGUCUGAGCAUAUGGAAGAAUCAUGUUGGUUCUCACCUGUACUAUAGCAUCUUACUGUAGGCUUUGGUGCGGAAGUCUCUUGACAGUUAUUGUAAAUUGGCAUUUACGCUACCAAGUCUUUUUUAGUCAUUUGCCUUUUUGCAGCUUACGUACUAAAAUGAAAGCAUCCUGUGGAUAAAAAUGACUUGAGAAUGUGAACUCUAUUCAAACCAUGGCUGAAAACGGGCAGGUGUUCUGGACAAAGGAAGUUAAAAACGUAAAAAUCAGAACUGUCCUGAGAUAAAAAGUGUGUGCUUUAGCUGAAAAGAGAUACAGUAUAUUAUUUACAUCUUUUAUCGUAAUUGUUUAUUUCUUGGAAUAGAAUCAUUUCUGGUUUUCUCAGAGCAAAAUAAUAUUCAAUGAGUAUUUCUAUUUCCUGCAUUUUUCUCAUUUUGGCUUUUGAGAU